UAUGUCAUUUUUCCAAAAUGGCGGAAGUUUAAGGGGUGGAAAAUUUUAUGACGAAAACACUGCCAUGAGUUGUGAGGUUUUUGACAGAGUUUGAUAAGCAACACACGAGGAUGCAUUUUUCAAUACCAGAUACACAAGAUCUUAAAGACGAAACGGGGUCGACAUACACGAGUUUCAACAUACACAUUAAUGGAGUUUUUCACUGUAGUGUUAGAUAUAGUGCUUUACACCAAUUUCAUGAGCAGCUUAAAAAGGAAUUUGGUGGAUUAUCGAUGCCCCCAUUCCCGCCAAAGAAAUUCUUAUCUUUGACGCCUGCAAAAGUGGAUGAAAGAAGACAAAUGCUAGAGAGAUUUAUUCAGAUCAUAAGCCAGGAUCCACAGAUUUCAAAUUCUGACACAUUUAAUGGAUUUUUUCUGAAAGCACAACAGGAGACCCAAAAGGAGCCAUCUGAGGCAGUGUCCCUUGAUGUCUACCUGAUGAAUGGUCAUAAGAUCACGGUCAAAAUCAUGUCCACAGACCAAACAGAGGAUGUUUUAGAGGCUGUUGCAUCACAGAUAGAACUGCCCGAUGAGUUUGUCUAUUACUUCGGUCUAUUUCUAGUUCAGAAAGAGGAAGGUGGAGAUAAUUCUAUCAUCAGAAAACUACAGGAAUUUGAAUCACCUUACAUUUCCUUGAAGUAUGCCAACAAUGUGGGCUCACACAGAAUUGUCCUGCGCAAAAGUAUCUGGGACUUGGCCUAUGAAGAUGACUUACUCGAUAAUAAAAUUGCAAUGAAUCUCCUCUAUGUUCAGGCAGUGAGUGACAUUGAAAGACAAUGGACACUGGGAACAAAGGAACAACUCCGUCACCUAGCAACAUUACAACAAAGGGGAUCCAAAAGGGAGUACUUGCGUCUUGCAAGGACCAUGAAGUACUAUGGUUAUAUACAGUUUAAACCUUGUGUAACUGACUAUCCUCAUCCUCACUCUCGUGUGUUCGUGGCUGCUGGGCAUCGAGAACUCAAUUUCAGGAUACAGACAGAUUCGAGCACAAUGAAGGAAGGAAGCUUUAAGAUCACCAGAAUGAGAUGCUGGAGAAUUACUACCUCUAUGCCUGAAUCCAAUGGACAAAUAGCCCUAGGUGGUCAGUCAAGCAAACCCAAGCUGGAGUUGUCAUUUGAAUAUUUAAUGGCAAAGGACACAUUGAAAUGGAUCACUAUAACCACAGACCAGGCAAUUCUGAUGAGUAUGUGUCUACAGUCAAUGGUGGAUGAACUGAUCAUGAAAAAGCAGGGAAAGAAAAUCAAAAAGCCACAAGACAGAUCCAAGAUGGAUUCUCGGACAGCCCAGCAAGAAAACAGUUAUCAGCCAAGCAAAGCUGUGGAUGAAAAGCCCAAAGGAAAGAAUAAGACUUUUGUUGAAAACAAUGCAUUUGAUACUAUUGGUGAUGAUGACCUUUAACCUACCUACUACGUCAACCAAUGAAAAAUCACCUCACAAAAGAGAGAGAUAGAAGAUGAUAUUACAAUACAGGAUCUAGUCAGAGAUAGAGAAAACAAGCGAUUUAUGAAUUUCAGAUAAAAAGGUGCUCAAGUUGAUAACCACAUUAUUUGAAAUGUAUAAUAGAUUGUACAAUAUACACGUUGGCAAACUAGCAUGUUUGCUUAUUUGUUGUUGAAACUGUACAUAUCCUUUUAAGGCACAUUACACCUACAUUGUAUAAAAAAACAAAACAUUCCAAUUUUUAGUGCAACCUUAAAGGUUGUUAAUCAAAAUAUCACUUUCUGUUACACCCAUGGUAUAUUUUGUACAGUGACCAAGUUUUAUGUUCUUGGGCCAGUAAUUUGAUUUUACAUGUAUAUUGAUGUUUUAAUUACAUGUAUGUUGUGUACUAAAUGUUACUUCCAUUCCAUAAUAUUCCUAAAGUAAUGCCAUAAAUAGCUUCACUCAUCAGCACUGAAUUUUUUCAGAACAGUCACCCUGGUAUAUUGUAUAUUACAUGUGUUUGUUUUCUACCAGUAAUCCAUAACUUAAGCAAAACCUAUCUUUGGCACUUCUAAUUUCUUCUGUGGAUUCACAAAUGAUUCCGCACAACAAAUUAUUGUGGGAUGUACUGUAUAUAGUUGUGUAUGUUUCAUACAUUUUAUUCUCUGUGGUUGCUUUCUUGAAAACAAGAAUGUUUUGCAUGAUGUUUAGAAUGCAUGGUUCCAAGACACUGCAUGUAUCAUGUAGCUGUUCCAUGGCAUAAACACAUGUACAUGUACCAUAAAAUCAAGCAUUUAUCCAAUGCAUUUGAGCAUUUCAUUUACACAACAAUGGUCAGAUUUGACACUCGUUAACAUAAUUCUGUAAAUACCGGUAAAAUAUUUAAUCAUAUAAAAAAAUUCAAAAUGAGCUUUUGAUUUAAAAUGCAUAUUUGAGUGCUUGCCUAAAUUAAUAAGGUAGUGCUAAACAGAGUUAUACCAAUGUGUAAAUACAUGUAUUAAACUGCGUGUCAUUUUAAUAUUAUCACUUGUUUUUCUUCAUGACAUAUUAAACUGAAAUUUUCUGUGCAAAACUGCAGCAUAAAUAUGGAUUGUCAAUCCAAAAUAGACAACUAUAUUUUCACAUCUUUUAACUUAAUGGAUAAGAAUAUACACAUAUUUUUAGUAUUUAAUCACUAGUAAGAGAGAUUAAUGUCAAUCUGUUCACAAAUUUUAUUUAAAGCCCAUUCUGUUGAAGUAAAUGAGACAACAAAUUUACAGUAGUUCAUUUCAUGUUCAAGCUAAUGUUCAGUUCAUGUUCAAGCUAAUGUUCAGAUAGAAAUUCACAAGACUUUGACACUGAUUUUAAAAAUUCUGUUUCUGUUCACUCUUGUUGAUAUGUUACCUUGACUUCAUGUAUUUGUUUUAUGUGCAAUAUUUUAUCCUUUGUGAAAUAAGGAAAUCUCACAUGGAUUAGAGUGUCUGUAUUCUAUUCAUAACCAAAGGCAGGCCAAAAAAUCAUAUCUGUCAAAUUACAACUGCAAAAAUUUUAUUCCCACCAAAGUUGUUCACCCCUUGCAUACAGAAAACUAAACAGCAUUCCGUAAUGCCAAGACAUUUCUGGUGAUUAUACUAGGUUUUCUUUUGUCUCAGUGGUUCUUAUUGUACACAAUGAAUGAAUUGGAGUAUUGUUUCACCAUCAAGAUACUAAAUCCUUAUGAGGCUUUUACUAGUAGAUUUUUAAAAAAACCCUUAGGAUAUAAUUCCAAGCAGAAACAUUGGGAACAAAUUUGAGGAAUUGGUUAGGUGUUGUUUGAAUGCUUCUUGUUUUAGAACAAAAGAUCUUGCCCCCUUAAACACUGAAGUAUUCAAACAAAAUAAUUAUAUGUUAAAUAUUGAUUUUAAAGAAGUAUUAUUAGUAGUAUUUGAUUAAGUUGUAGGUUGUGUUUAGAACCAUGCAGCUGUGAAGUAGAAAGUCUAAAUUCAGCAAUACAGUUAUUUUUAAGAUAAAUUUGUGGAUUGAUUUGUUAUUUAAAAUCCUGUAUGAAAUGAUUUUUGUUAUCUAGUUCUGUUAAUUAUAUUGUUGGAGAUACAUUAGUCUAAAAUAUGUUGUAUUGUCAAACAUUUUUUAAAAGUUUUGAAUACCUAAUAUCAUGAGAAAAGUGCCAUAAAUAAUUGUUAAAAUCUAGAAAGAUUGUAGUCUUUGUACCAAAUAACUACCUUUGUUCAUUUAUCAAUAACUUUUUAGCUCACCUCGACGAAGUCGAGAUGAGCUUAUGCUAUACCCCCGGCGUCGGCAUCGGCGUCGGUGUCGGCGUCGGCGUUAGCGUCUGUGUCCCAGGUUAAAGUUUUAGGAGCAGGUCCAUUCCCAAGUAACUACAAGCCCUACCUGGACCAAACUUGCAUGGAUGAUGCAUCUAGGGAUGGACACUACCACACUUGCUUCGGAUGCUGGAUCUGACCUAGAUUUACCGGAUGAGUGACCAGGUUAAAGUUUUAGGAGCAGGUCCAUUCCCAAGUAACUAUCAGCCCUACCUUGACCAAACUUGCAUGGAUGAUGCAUCUAGGGAUGAACACUACCACACUUGCUUCGGAUGCUGGAUCUAGUGUAGAUUUUCCGGAUGAGUGACCAGGUUAAAGUUUUAGGAGCAGAUCCAUUCCCAAGUAACUAUAAGCCCUACCUGGACCAAACUUGCAUGGAUGAUGCAUCUAGGGAUGGACACUACCACACUUGCUUCGGAUGCUGGAUCUGACCUAGAUUUUCCGGAUGAGUGACCAGGUUAAAGUUUUAGGAGCAGGUCCAUUCCCAAGUAACUAUAAGCCUUACCUUGACCAAACUUGCAUGGAUGAUGCAUCUAGGGAUGGACAUGGCCACACUUAGUUCGGAUGCUGGAUCUGAUGUAGAUUUUCCAGAUGUGUACCAGGUUAAAGUUUUAGGAGCAGGUCCAUUCCCAAGUAACUGUAAGCCCUACCUGGACCAAACUUGCAUGGAUGAUGCAUCCAGGGAUGGACACUACCACACUUGCUUCGGAUGCUGGAUCUGACCUAGAUUUUCCAGAUGUGUACCAGGUUAAAGUUUUAGGAGUAGGUCCAUUCCCAAGUAACUGUAAGCCCUACCUGGACCAAACUUGCAUGGAUGAUGCAUCCAGGGAUGGACACUACCACACUUGCUUUGGAUGCUGGAUCUGACCUAGAUUUUCCACAUGUGAGACCAGGUUUAGAUUUAGGAGUAGUCUCGUUCCCAAGUAACUAUAAGCCCUAUCUGGACCAAACUUGCAUGGAUGAUGCAUCUAGGGAUGUAAACUAACCAACCUGCUUCGAAUGCUGGAUCUGACCUAGAUUUUCCACAUGAGUGAAUUUUAGCCAUAUUUUAACCAAAUUAGCAUGGAUGAUGUAUCUAGGGAUGGAUACUUCCGGACUUGCCUUGGAUUCUGAAUCUGACGUACAUUUUCCAGAUGAGUGACCAGGGUAAUUUUUUGGAGUAGCUAUAUAAUAUUAUGGCCUGUUAUGAUUAAACUUGCAUAGAUGGUGCAUCUAAGGAUGAAAACUUCCAGACUUGCUUUGGAUGUUGGAACUGACCAAAAUUUUCUUGAUUACUAAACAGGUCAAAAGUUUUUUGAGCAGAUCUAUAAUUAAAUCAAACUUGCAUGGAUAUUGAUCUUGGGAUGUACCCUAACUAGAAAAAAAUAUGAUGUGAAAUUUGCCUUACAUGUAGAUAACAUUCGUCGAGGUGAGCUUCGUAAUCUUUGAUUACCUAUGUUUUUAAAAUCAUAUUGAUUUUUUUCAUAUUUUAACAGAUAUGUAUACAAAAAUUAUAAGAAACAAACUACACAGUAUCCUAACAUUUAAGAUUUUUUAUCACUGUUAUGUCAUUCCAUGUACAAAGAGAUAAAAAUAAAACUAAGAAAUGCUACUGUA